AGAGCGCAUGCGUGCAUGUUUAAUGAGUGUUUAUUUUUAAACAGCGCCAGGCAACAGGGAAACACAAGUAUACAAGCAGACGUUUCUGCUUAGCUUCAUUCAUUUGAGCCAUCCUACCGUUACAGAAGGACGCUUGAAGAGAUUUUCUGUCGCCAAUACGUCGAGAAAAGUACGAUAUAUCAGAAUGGCAGCAGCAGUGAGCACCGCCGUGCAGCCCAAGUCCAUGACCCGGGCGAAGAAGUGGGAUGAAGCCGUGGAGAACGCUUACCGGUUCCAGCUGGCUGGCUACCGGGACGAGGAGGAGUACCGCAGUGUCAAGAAAGUCGAUAGUGCUGAGAAAUGGGACAACGGAUUUGUCAAGAAGCUUCAACGCAAGGACGGCUGCUUUUAUUACUACAACAAGUCACGGGAGUGCUCCGACAAGGACGUGCCCAAGACCAAGCUCUACAACUACUAAAGAAAAGAA